UUCAACUGCAUCUAGCAUGGCCUGAUAACAGAUCAUAAGAGUGCUUACGGUCGACAGCAGUGUUCGCCAAUUUGGUGCCCUCCAGAUGUAUUCAACUACAACUCCCACCAGCCCCUGCCAGCUCAGAUCAGCGAAGGAGGUAUGAAGACACCUUGUUCUGAACAGGUUUGCAAUCUGCUCUGAAGGAGAUGACCCAUAGCUUGGGAGUAAAGAUAAUUAAAACCAUUAGUAGUACAGGAGAUGGCGAAGUGGUUGAGCAAACUGUGAUGGUGAACAAACAGGAAAGUGUUGCUGCCUUUCAUAUCCAGAGCAAUGCAACCUCAGCAACUGUUGUCUACGACUAUAAACACCGUCUGAUCGGCUUCCGAAUUCAGGACAGAAAACAGUGCUCAGUGGUGGCAAUGGAUUCAGUUGAUGUGCCCAGCCUACAUGAAAUCACCCAAGGAAUAGAGCACUUCGAUGAACAAGGCUCAGGAGAGGACCAUGUGUCCUACAGCUUCAAGCAAGGAGAACUGGCAGAUCGCACAAUUCUAGGAACCACAGUGAAUAUCCUCUGCAGUGAUGUCCCUGUAUACUGGGCUGAGAACAACCACAAAGCACAAAGAAGUGGAUUGCUGUGUGGAGGGCUUCUGAUUCUUAAACUCUGCUUAAUACUGUCCCUGUGACAAAGUGCUAAUCUGACCAUAUAUAGAAUCAUAGAAUUGUAGAGGUGGAAGGGACCCCAAGGGUCAUCUAGUCCAAUCCCCUACAAAGCCGGAAUCUCAACUAAAGCUUCCAUGACAGAUGGCCAUCCAAGCUUUGCUUAAAAGCCUCCAAGUUCACCAUCUUUUGAGGGAAUCUGUUCCACUGUCAAACAGCUCUGCCAGAAAAUUCUUCCUGAUGUUUAGUCAGAUUCUCCUUUCUUAUAACGUGAUGCCAUUGGUUGAAAUCUAAGUCUCUGGAGCAGGAAAAAACAAGCUUGCUCCCUCCUCCAUGUGCUGCAUCACACUCAUGUUAAGCUCGUGGUCUACUAAGUCCCCUAGAUCCUUUUCGCAUAUACUUCUAGCAAGCCAGGUGUCCCAUCUUCUAUUUGUGCAGCUGGUUAUCCCCGCAUAAGUACGGAACCUUACAUUUGUCCCUAUUGAGGACCCAUUAAUGAGUACUCUAGGUUGGGUCAGUCAACCAGAUUCAAAUCCACCUGACAGUAACCUCAUCCAGCCCACAUUUUACCCACGUUUUACCAGUUUCUCUGCAAGAAUAUCAUGGAGGGCUUUGUCAAAAGCCUUACUGAAAUCAAGAUACAGUACACCAGGCAUCUCCAAAGUUUGGCCCUCCAGAUGUUUUGGACUACAAUCCCCAUCAUCCCUGACCACUGGUCCUGUUAGCUAGGGAUCAUGGGAGUUGUAGGGCCGCAGUUUGGGGAUGCUUGCAGUACACCAUGUCCAUGGCAUUCCACACGAAAAUGGGACUUUCUAUCAGACUCCGCUUCUCAAUUUAUCUGCAGAACUCCAUUGCCUUCAUCACACUACAGUAAAGGGGUAAUGAUGGACUGCUUCUUCCUAGAGCCAUUUAACACCACAAAGCACAUUGCUUUUCAUUAAUUAGAAGUGGAAUUAAAAUGAAGUUCCACACAGCAGAUUUAAUAUAGCACUAUAUUAUCCAGUAAUCAUAGAAUCAUAGAGUUGGAAGAGAACACAAGGGCCAUCCAGUCCAACCCCUGCUGAGCAGGAAACACAAUCAAAGCAUUCUUGACAUAUGCCUGUCAAGCCUCUGCUUAAAGACCUCCAAAGAAGGAGACUCCACCACACUCCUUGGUAGCAAAUUCCA